AUGGUGAAUGAGUCAUCCGGAGGAGAUCAAGAAAUGCAAAAAAAUAUAGUGAAUCGUUCAACGUUGGGUGCCGGAGGAAAAUUCGGAAGCAGCAAGGAAAAUAAGGAACCUGGAGGUCAAUGGCUUUUAAGAGAUCUCCGUAAACGAAUUCAUGGUGCUGUAACGAGAAAUCGCAUUCGAUCACAAAUGAUUCGCACAUAUAACACACCUGAAGCAGGUCGUACAUUUGCCAAUCAUUCAUCGAAAUGUCCAUCAAUCGAAUGCACGUUCACGGAUGGCAGUCUUUGUGAGUACAUCUCUAGCAAAACGGAUGAUGAUGCAGAUCUCAUUUUAGGUUUGCCAGCCGGAGUGAAAAUAAGUGAAUGGCUUAUAUCGAAGGGUCGAGUUGCGAACAGCCUGACUGGCAUACCAGCGGACUACACAGGAACAGGAUCAUUUAUUUACGCUGGUGAAGUGGAUGAUCCAGAAGUUAUUUUCACACUUUCAACGAAAAGAAGUGUCAAUGUAAACGAAAUUUCAAUCCUUGAUUUCUUAGUGUAUAUGGCUGGUAGACAUGGAAGACUGCGUGUUUGUCUAGACACCGUUCAGACAUGUCUUUUUGAGACUUCAGGAGAAAAUAUUAACGCACAUUCCAGACAGUGGUUGAGCUAUCAGGUUGCCAUUCCAAAAGGAGCCCACGUGGUGAGCUUUCUGUACGACUCUUCAACGUGCUGCACUUCGCUACGUAAAUUUGGAACAUUCGCAUUUUUGCAGGUAAUCUUUGCUGCUGAUCAGUUGAAAAAGAACUACGCGAUUGGUUUAGAUGAAAUUCGACUACUCGAUAAAUUCGGCUCAUCAGGUGAAAAUCGAAUUGAUAAAGAGAACUACGAACUAGUCGAGCAUCCAGCAUUGGUUUCAUCAAUUAAUCGUUCGAUAAAUCCUUGCGAUGAUUUUUAUGAGUAUGUCUCAAUAACUUCAACAGAAAUAAGUUAUGAAUACUAUCUAGAUGAUCAAUACGCGCAUCGAAUCAAAGCUCUGAAAGAGUUUCUCACCGAUAUUCUGGAAAUAUUGAUAGAGGACGACAACCAUCAAGAAUUCUUCACAAAUCAUACAGAAGAAAUUGGACGUCGAAUUGAUUCUUAUUUCGAAGUGGAGAGGAAAAUUGCACAGAUAUUAAACCAAACCGAACGCCAUCCUGACAAACAGUCCGAGUUGUAUAAUUUACAUACGAUGGCUGAGGUGCAAGACCUAGCCCCUUCGGUGAAUUGGAGAAGAUAUAUUGAAGGUGUGAUGCCGGUGGAUGUUCUUGCCACACUUGAUUUCAAUGCGCUCAAAAUAAACAUACCUAAUCCUGAAGCACUAGCUAAUAUGAAUCGAAUGAUUUCCCAUUUGAAGAAUACAUCACUAUCAGAUUAUAUUGACUGGCGUAUGAUUUUAGCGCAUAUAGGCAUGCUAGAUAGUCGUUUUCAACAAGCUUCGAAGCAUAUUGAAGUUAGCUCUUUGACAAGUUGUGUUUCUGUUAAGGCAUUUAAUCUUGCAAUGUAUGGUUUAACCGAAUUCCAACCACUGUGGCUUUCCUGUCAGUCAGACAUCAUUAGCAUCUUCCCGGAUCUGGCAAACAUUCUUUACAUCAAGCGAUUUUUCAAUCAAGAUGUGAAAUCAGAUAUGGAAAUUAUGGUUAAAAAUAUUCGUGAAGCGUUAGCAGCAAUCAUCAUUGAAAAUGACUGGAUGGAUAAACAAACGAAAGCGACAGCACUCAAUAAAGUAUCGUUCUUUUCAUGUUCGGCGGGACGAAAAAUAAGCACCGAACAUGUUCAAAAAAUUAAUUCGUUCAUUGGCUACGAUAAUAAUCUCUUCAACCAAACAAUGAUCGAAACAAAAUACGCCAAGGUAUUCUCACGUUGCAUGAAACCCAUAACAGAACAUUUGAUAGAGAAUGAUGAUACUUUGCAUGGCAUCACUGUUAACGGUGAAAUACUCAUUUCGUUCAAAAUCACUAAGAAAUUCUGUAUAUUGGCAUAUAAUUCAUCAUGGAGUUUUGUUGAAAUGCUGCAUGCAAUAUCAAGAUGGAGUCUCGAGAGACUAAUGCGACGACUCACUCAAAAAAAUGAUCGCAAUCAUUUUAAAUUUUCAUCACCGCAAGUCAAUGCUUAUUAUUCAGCGACGAGUAAUCAAAUAGCUUUGUUUGCUGGUAUAUUGCAAGGAGCAUUUUUCAAUAACUCAUUGCCUCUUUCGAUGAACUAUGGUGGCAUUGGAAAUGUUAUUGGACAUGAAUUUACGCAUGGAUUUGAUGAUCAAGGCUUGUUGUUGAAAACAUCUAUCGACGGUGAAGCAACUCAAAGCGAGAACAUAGCUGACAACGGAGGUGUGAGAGCCGCAUAUCGAGCAAUGAAGAAAGUGUCAGCGGAAAAUUUCGGUAAAGAGAAACGGAUACGUGGUCUCGAGGAGUUCAACCAAGAUCAACUUUUCUUCAUCAACUACGCCUAUGUCCGCAUUUUCAUAAACUGUAAAAUAAGACCAGAGGGGAUUGUCGAUCUACUUUUGAAUGAUCUUCACAGUCCGAACAAGUACCGUGUCAACGUGGUGCUAUCCAAUCUUCCAGAGUUCUUCAGUGCAUUCAAUUGUCCAGCGCAAUCAUCUAUGAAAAUGAACGAGACAUGUCGUAUUUGGUGA